GCCAAUGUCACUAAUGUCAGUAACUCUAUGAUCUAACCAAAAAUAAAUUUACAAAAUACCAUCUACUUUUAGAUCGAAAAAUCGCGUUUACGAUACAAUACUAAACCAACAUGAUAACUAAAUCGCUUCUAGACAAUUCGAGGAAACUAAUACCGAUAUUGGCGAGGAGGUACGUCUCCACGUCGAAGGGCCACGGCGAAAAAGCCACGGGCGCAGUGCAAAGCAAGCCCGAGGAGAAAAAUUGGAUGAGCUAUGGUUUCGAUCACUACAACAAAGAUGACGACAGAAGGGCCAUGCAUUCGGUAACGUUCGCUUCGAUAACGCUGUGCUUGGUACUCGGGGGCUUCUACUUCGCCUACAUGCCCGACGUUAAUCUCAACGAUUGGGCCCAAAGGGAGGCCUACUUGGAACUGCACAGAAGAGAAGCCCAAGGCAUAUCUCCCAUAAACCCCAACUACAUAGACCCUAAGAGGAUCAACUUACCGUCGGAUUCCGAGCUCGAAGGUGUAGAAAUUAUUAUUUAAAUAUUAAUUGUAUGAUCGAUUUGUAAAUAGUAACAUUAAAUUCGAUUAAUGU